UCGCUGACUGGAAGUGAGCAAAUCCAGGUGUGGCUCUGGAAAGAAGCCACGUUGCUAUGGCAACUUGAAUCGCCAUUUUAGGUCUUCUCGCGGCCUCCCGCCCUCGCGUCACUUCCGGUGUUACCUGUGUGGUUAUCGGGAGCCGUAAACAAGGUGUGCAAACUUCUGGAGACCUGUCGGGAUGCAGCAGAGCGGGGUUCCUGGAAGCCGUGGCUGCGCUCUGUGCCCACUGCUGGGUGUCCUGUUCUUCCAGGGUGUUUAUGUCAUCUUUUCCCUGGAGAUUAAAGCGGAUGCCCAUGUCCGGGGUUAUGUUGGAGAAAAUAUCAAGUUGAGAUGCACCUUCAAGUCAUCCUCUUCUAUCACAGACAAACUCACCAUAGACUGGACAUACCGGCCUCCGAGCAGCAGUCGCACGGAAUCGAUUUUUCAUUAUCAGUCUUUCCAGUACCCAACCACAGCUGGCACUUUUCGGGAUCGGAUUUCCUGGGUUGGAGAUGUAUACAAAGGGGAUGCAUCCAUAAGCAUAAGCAAUCCUACCAUGAAGGACAAUGGGACAUUCAGCUGUGCUGUGAAAAACCCCCCAGAUGUGCACCAUAAUAUUCCGGCGACAGAGCUGACAGUCACAGAAAGGGGUUUUGGCACGAUGCUGUCCUCUGUGGCCCUUCUUUCCAUUCUUGUCUUCAUUCCCUCAACUGUAGUGGUUAUUCUGCUACUGGUGAGAAUGGGGAGGAAGUCUGCGGGGCUGAAGAAGAGGAGCAAGUCUGGCUAUAAGAAGUCGUCUAUUGAGGUUUCAGAUGACACUGACCAGGAAGGGGGUGACUGCAUGGCGAAGCUUUGUGUUCGUUGUGCUGAGUGUGUGGAUUCAGACUAUGAAGAGACAUAUUGAUGAAAGUUUGCAUGAUAGAAGAAGAGUCACCUAAUAACAGAAGAUGUUCCAUUCCACUGGCAGCUAAAGCCUCCCAGAGAAGUGGAGCUGGCUUGGACAAUAAUGGUGGAGAAUCCUGGAAGUCAUCAGUAAAGACUUUAGGAGUGACUUAUUUAUUGAAGAAAUAUUCUUUUUGUAUUUAUAAACUGUUCAAAAACUCUAAGAGAGACUCAUAACUACCCCUGUUAAUAACUUAUACUCUAAUUGAAUGAAGAAAUUCUUUUCCUAAAUAGAAAGAUAACUUUUUGUUUAGUCUUUGCUCUUGAAUGUAUUACAUGUUUUCUUCCAGUUUUUAUGAGGGAGAAUCCUAGAUGUUGGCCACACUGCUGAUGCCAAUAUACAUAUAUAUGUAUUUAUUGAAAUGGAUCUUAGAGCUUCCUGAUGUGCUCCUGGACAAAAUGUUUUUUGGGGAUAGUUAUUCUUUGUUUUUUGCUCCAUGAAUAUUUUCAGCUGUGAGUUAGCAUACAGCAUAUACUCAUUGGUUUAAUUAUCUCAUCAUCAGUUGUGUUUGGGAGGCUUGGAGUGCAUAACCCCAGUUUUUUAGAGUUGGUAGGAUCAGGAGUCAGUGGUUUAUUUGACUGCACUUUUAAAGUAUUAAACUGUCAGCAAUUUACAAUUAAGAAAUGCUGAGAUAGAGGGGUUCCCUUCUUUUUCUCACUAGGUGCAAUUUUUUAUUUUACUUUCUUAUAGCUGAGUGGUUUAUGGUUUCCUUCUUGACUUUUCAGAUCAGAGGCAAGAAAAACUCUUCAUAGGGUUUUUAGUGGGGAUAAAUAGAAUAACUUUACCAGUUAUUUGCAAUGAAAUCAUCUUUUUUUUCCAUUUAUUUUUAUUAGUUGGAGGCUAAUUACUUUACAAUAUUGUAGUGGUUUUUGCCAUACAUUGACAUGAAUCAGCCAUGGAUUUACAUGUGUUCCCCAUCCCAAUCCCCCCUCCCAUGAAAUUAUCUUUUAACCUAUGCUGUUCUUCAAGAUUUUCUUCUAAAAUGCAGAAAAUAUGAGUGAAAGAAGGUGUUUACAAUCCCUUUUUUGCAUAAUAUUUGAGAUAAGGAAGUGAGGGUGUACACAACUUUUACUUCCUUCUUCUGUCUCUUGAUACUUUCUAUCAACUUCCUUCAUUCUACUGCACCAAAUUAUUUCAAAUAUUAAUUUACAUGGGAUUUUUCUAUAAGCCGUUAAGAAAUAUGUAUGACAUAUCAGGAAGGGUUGACUGUCUAGUCCUCUGUAAUAGAGGGAUAGAGUUCACUUCUUAAUUAUGAGAGACAAAAAAUGUCUCUCAUAAUUUGAUUUUUUUAACAGGGUAGCCCCUUUCCAUGAUUCUUUGCUAGGUGACUCAGGAGGUUUCCAUAUUGUAGCACAAUACAUUGUAUGCUGUACAAAAAUCACUUUUAUAUUUUUUUGCCAAGAUCUAUUUUUAAAAAUUUAGGUUUUUCCGUCUCAUAGAUUUGGCCUGGCCUCUUAUGUUAAUCUAGUCUGUUAAUGAGAGAGUCUGAUUAGUUACUAGAUGUUAUAAUUUACCUCUGAUCAUAUAAGAAAGAAGAGGCAGAAGCAAGAUUGUCAGUCUGCAUCUACAGUGGUUAAGUUUCACAGUCUUGAGCUACUUGUUAAGUAUGUGGUUGUCUGGGGCCAAUCUAGUGAGACAGUCUAGUCUGACACCUCAAUGCAGAAAGGAAAACAGUUUGAGCAACAAGAGUAGAUAAUUUGGGCUCUAGGGCAUUUGAAGAUAGAGAUCUAGUUGUGAGAUAGACUUCUUGUGGGUCCUCAUUCUUUGAGAAAGAGAUGAUGUUACAGGAACCCAGGUAAAGUUAUAUCCCAUUUAAUGAAGGACCAGUUUUGACUGAGUUUUCUGGCAAUUUCCCUUCAGGCAUGUUAUAAGGAUUCAUCCAGUGGGAUAUGUUUAUCACUUUAGGUAAAUAGUACUGUGUGAAUGCCUGGUCAUGUUAUUUUGUAGCCUUGAUCAGGGUUUGAACCAGUCCCUUCCUUUUUAAGUGACUGAAUGAUGGAAUCCUUCAGGGUAGGAGAGUAAGUUGACCACCUAGUCUGCUCCAUGGGUUUGUGGUCACAUCACAGUCUUAAGGUCGCUCUGUCUCCUUCUUCAGCCCUUUUAUUGGGGUCUGAGUUUACAGCUUUUUUUCCUUCAAAGAAGCACAAAGCAGUGUUUGGAUAUACCUGCCUUUUAAGGCUUUUAAGGAUGAAAGGAAGAAAAAGUGUUUUGUUUUUUUUUAAACUUACUGUUUUAAUAUUUUCUAAGGUGCUAUUCUCUCUUUUUAUUUUUUUCAUUUUGCUUCUCUGUGAGUUCUUAUCACACUUUAUGGAGACCAGCCUUGUCUAGAAAGGGAAUUGAAUUCUGAACCUUCAGAGGGGGUUAAAAGCCUUUCAGAAUUUUUCUUUGGCUGCUGAAGUCUUUACUUGUGGCUACAUUGCCUUAUGAGUUUCAUGCAUUGAGUUUUUAAUUCUGUUACCAAAUGUGAAGUUAUAAAAUGUUUUGUGUCUCCUAUGUGACCUGGUACCUCAAGCUUCUUGGGGGGCACAUUCUCUGCAGUCCUUAAACUGGGCUCUGUGCUCCACGAGGGAAUGUUUCAUGUCUUUGUUUAGAAAAAAUUCUGGGGGCCAAAUCCUGAGUCCGUAUGUUCUUAUAUGUCACUCAGUUAUGAUUCCAAAGGGGAGUUGUAAGAAGACUAAUAGCGUGUGGCACAAGACUCUCAUUUAAUUGCACCAUUUAAAACUUUGCUCCUAGAAGAGGCAACUCCAUCCUUUUGACUCUAGUGUUGGACUGUUAACUGCUGCAUUUCACUUUGUUUCUUGUUUGUCAAUUUUUGUAGGAGGAUAUGCACUAUUGGGUCAUAUGCACAGACGUUGUAACUCUUGAGAUCUUUACCACAUCAUAGUUAAUAAACUUCCUUGCACUUUCUGGCUA